GGAAGUUGUCAAUCAGGUAGAAAGACGGCAGCAGCCUCGGUUUGGUGACACUUGUCGUCGCCUCUGAACGUUGACUCGCAGCUAACGUUAGCUCGGGUCGGGCUCGUGUGGUUUGGGUUGGUACCUUUCCUCGCUUGUACAGUAAAUAUAAUGGCGGCCGCGGAUCCCCGGUCCUCGAGUGACGGCGGGCCGGCCAGAAGAGGAGGAUUCCCGACCGGGGAGAGCGGCAACGACCGCGACGGACCGGGCGGCAGCAGCAGCGGCGGCGGCGGCAGCGGGGAAGGCGAACGGGAGCGGGACCGGGCCACAUUCGAGUGCAACAUUUGUUUGGACACUGCCACGGACGCUGUCAUCAGUAUGUGCGGCCACUUAUUCUGCUGGCCCUGUCUUCAUCAAUGGUUGGAGAUGCGGCCCAGCAGUCAGCAGUGUCCCGUCUGUAAAGCGGGCAUCAGCAGAGAGAAAGUCAUCCCGCUGUACGGCAGAGGGAGCUCCAGUCAAGAGGACCCCAGGUUGAAAACUCCACCUCGGCCUCAAGGACAGAGAACAGAGCCAGAGAGUAGAGGCGGGAUGUUCCAGGGUUUUGGGGACACUGGCUUCCACAUGUCUUUCGGCAUCGGUGCUUUCCCCUUCGGCUUCUUCACCACAGUCUUCAACACCAACGACCCCUUUCACAGAGCAGACCAGUAUGCAGGUGGUCACCAAGGCACUGGUAACCUCAACAAUGGCAAUAACAACUGGCAAGACUCCCUCUUCCUGUUUGUGGCCAUCUUCUUCUUCUUCUGGCUGCUGAGCGUGUGAUGGAGACACGAACGGGAGGGAAGGAUGGAUAGACGAUUGGAUCGAUGACCAGGAGGGAGGAGCACAACAAAACAAACAAACUCUCACACACUUAACACGAGCUACAGACACAACGCUCAUUUUACAUUUCCUAGCAGGUACUAACUCGGCGAGAGAGAGCGGAGCUUUGUGUUUGAUCCCAAAACAAAAAAUACAGGAAAUGUGGUUCUCCUCCUGGCAGAUUCACUUUAGGAUACUCAGCCCCACCCACCUGCUUUGUUGAUUUUGUUUAUGCAAGAAACACUCACUGCAAAGUAGUGUUGCGUGAAUCCCAAAAUAAGUCACAUUAGCCCUCCCUCUCUACAUGCACCUGUAGAUAUAGGCACACAGAAACAUAAAGGUGGUUUAAGGGGCUCACUGUUUGGGUUCAGGGUUAUUUUUUUUUGGUGUUGAGCUGCAUAAAGAGGUGGGUGGAGGAUAAUUUAGGGCAGUGACUAAUUCUGUUUUGGCUUUUCACAUUUCUUAAAUAGAGAGCUCUGAGGCACGUUGUGGAAAGGGUAAGUGGGGUUAAAAUGGGGAAGAGAAGGCGGGGUAUGAGAUAACGUAGGGGUUGCUAUAGCAACGUUUUCUUACUCUAAAAGGCCAAAGAAGAUCAGUCAUGUACGAUGUCGGGUGAAAAAUGUAAUUGAAUUAUGUUCCUGUUUUACACUUUCCUCGUGAAAUUAACAAGUACUCCUAGAAUUUGCGACUUACUCUUGAAAACAGAUGGACAGAGAGAAAUAGCACAGGUGGAUGCUUUUUUUUUUUUUUUUUUUUUUUAUAAAUAUAUAUACAUAAUGUCUUAACAAAAAAACUACCAUUGCACUGUGAAGUCAUUUGUAGACGGAGCUGUCCUAAAGAUUAGCGUGUGUGCUGGUGUUGAACCACCGGUUUGGGAGAUUUUCGCAUCAAUAUGAGCAACUUGAGAGCCAAAAAAUAAGAACAAAUUGUCAAAAGAAGUUCUGGUUUGUAAAGUAGCUCGAUGAGAUGCUGCACAACACGUCCUAACAGCACGUACAGUCGAGGCAGUGUAACAAGUGAGGAGAAUCAGUUAGUCGUGGAGGUGAAACGGUCAGCACGCUAAGAAUUUACAGGAAUGACAAGCAACAGUUCAAUGAACUUUGUCAAUUUUUCUUCUUCUGACUGUAUGUGUCUGUGUAUCUGAGUGAUUGUGUGCACAUUAUAUAUUUGUAUAUAUGAAUAUUGUAAAUGCUGUUUUUACGUGUUUGAGUGGAUGAUCAGCCACGGAGAGAGGACGAGAUGUGCAAGUAGUCCUCAAGAUGCUUUUGUAAAGCGAGAUCUGGUUCCUGGUUUUCAUAAAUUCCUUCCCAUUUACUCAAGAAAACGCUUGCAGCCCAGGUUAAUAACUCUUCUGCCAACCUCUCCCAUUAAGUUAAAUAAAUGUUAUGAGUGCAAAAA